AUGUUCCGCCAGGAGCAGCCGCUGGCCGAGGGCAGCUUUGCGCCCAUGGGCUCCCUGCAGCCGGAUGCCGGCAAUAGCAGCUGGAACGGCACCGAGGCGCCCGGAGGCGGCACCCGGGCCACCCCUUACUCCCUGCAGGUGACGCUGACGCUGGUGUGCCUGGCUGGCCUGCUCAUGCUGUUCACCGUGUUUGGCAACGUGCUGGUUAUUAUCGCAGUGUUCACCAGCCGCGCGCUCAAAGCGCCCCAGAACCUCUUCCUGGUGUCUCUGGCCUCAGCGGACAUCCUGGUGGCCACGCUGGUCAUUCCCUUUUCUUUGGCCAACGAGGUUAUGGGCUACUGGUACUUUGGUAAGGUGUGGUGCGAGAUCUACUUGGCCCUCGACGUGCUCUUUUGCACGUCGUCCAUAGUGCACCUGUGCGCCAUCAGCCUUGACCGCUACUGGUCCAUCACGCAGGCCAUCGAGUACAACCUGAAGCGCACGCCGCGGCGCAUCAAGGCCAUCAUUGUCACUGUGUGGGUCAUCUCGGCCGUCAUCUCCUUCCCGCCACUCAUCUCCAUAGAGAAGAAGGGCGCUGGCGGCGGGCAGCAGCCGGCCGAGCCGAGCUGCAAGAUUAACGACCAGAAGUGGUAUGUCAUCUCGUCGUCCAUCGGCUCCUUCUUCGCGCCUUGCCUCAUCAUGAUCCUGGUCUACGUGCGUAUCUACCAGAUCGCCAAGCGUCGCACCCGCGUGCCGCCCAGUCGCCGGGGUCCGGACGCCUGUUCCGCGCCGCCGGGGGGCGCCGAUCGCAGGCCCAACGGGCUGGGCCCGGAGCGCGGCGCUGGUACCGCGGGCGCGGAGGCCGAGCCGCUGCCCACCCAGCUUAACGGCGCCCCGGGGGAGCCCGCGCCCACCCGGCCGCGCGACGGGGAUGCGCUGGACCUAGAGGAGAGUUCGUCGUCCGAGCACGCCGAGCGGCCCCAGGGGCCCGGCAAACCCGAGCGCGGUCCCCGGGCCAAGGGCAAGACCAAGGCGAGCCAGGUGAAACCGGGGGACAGUCUGCCGCGGCGCGGGCCCGGGGCUGCGGGGCCGGGGGCUUCGGGGUCCGGGCAGGGAGAGGAGCGUGCCGGGGGCGCCAAAGCGUCGCGCUGGCGCGGGAGGCAGAACCGCGAGAAACGCUUCACGUUCGUGCUGGCGGUGGUGAUCGGCGUGUUCGUGGUGUGUUGGUUCCCGUUCUUUUUCACCUACACGCUCAUAGCGGUCGGCUGCCCGGUGCCCUACCAGCUCUUCAACUUCUUCUUCUGGUUCGGCUACUGCAACAGCUCGCUGAACCCUGUUAUCUACACCAUUUUCAACCACGACUUCCGCCGCGCCUUCAAGAAGAUCCUCUGCCGUGGGGACAGAAAGCGCAUCGUGUGAGCGCUCGGGCUGUGCCCUGCUUACAGACCCUGGUCAGAUGCAGGCCCUGGGCUUCGAGGGGGCGCGUCUACGCAUGCAGCCCCUAGCACUCUGAAACCCUGGACCUUCCUGCUCUGUGUAAUACCCAGUUUGGAGGGGACUUGGUGGCUUUUGAGACCUUUUGUUACCAUGUGUAAAGUUCUGGCUGAGAGGGACAUAUGCGCCUUUUUGCUGGUUGUUGUGGUUGUUCCCAGCCCACAGCCAGUUUCCUGGUGGGCUACCCCCGAUCAGUAUUGUUUCCUGACGAUAUUGCCAUCUUCUCCCCGAGUCUGACUCUCCCAAGCUCUUCAGAGCAAGCACAGUACUAGAGAGGGCAUGACUGCCAAAGGGUUAAUGAACCAAGGUUUCCUAGCCCUGGCUAAUUGUCACUUCCCUCCUUCCCCCCCUUUAAAAAUAUCAUUCAGGGCAGCCCUGCCUGCCCUCCGUACCCUCCACUGUAAAUAUACAUUAUUUUUGAUAGCACACUUUGUGUUCCUCAGAAUUGGCCUUGUCGCGAUAUUGGAAUCCCGGCUGUGGGGAUGCCCUCCAGUCACAGACAGUGGGCUAUCUGGUCCAGACCAACGUCCUUUGCAAUGCAAGUCCCUUUCUAGUGUUAUUACAUCGUCGCUCUCAGUACUUUUCAGCAGUAACUGGUAACUGUCCCCUGGACACGGACCUGCUUUGACAUUUCCUGAGAGGGAAGGGAUUUCUGUUCAUUUUCCCCCUGUGCCUAACAGCAUAAUUGCCUUUUCCUAUGUAAAUAUUACAGCGAUGGACCAAGACAGAAGGAAAUGAACCUUCUGCCUGGCCCCAGCCCUGUGUAUAAAGCCAUUAUUCGCUGAGGCACCACUUGCCCCAGUAACUCACUUUAGAACUGACGCUGCGGUUCUCCUCUCCUCUGGGGCCAAGGCUUGAAGAAGAACGGGUGGGUGUGCUUGUUUCUGUCUUGUGUGUGUGCCGCCCCUCAUCCAGAAAGUGCUGAGUAAGGGGAAUCUUUUAGCAGCUGUUUUUAGACACACAGGAGGGGAAAUUAUGUGGAAGAAACCUACCCGAUACAAUUUGCCAAGGUAAACAGUGUGAGGAGACAAACAGUCCGCCACACUGUUCAGCGCCAGCCCCAAGAGCUCUUGGGUAUCAAAGUGUUACCUCCCCUUGCUUUUCUGGCUGAGAUCACGUCACCAGUGAAUUGCCAAAGUCAGGGAGUAGGCGGAGAAUUGGUGUUUACAACCUGGUUUCUACUUAGUUUAGGCGGACUGUGGAAGGCCUGCGAUCUGUUUUUCCUGAGAGAAAAACCUAAAUGUCAGCACUUGUUGCUCAUGAUGGUGGAUUUUUUUUUAAAAUAAAAGUUUACAGAUCAAAUGUGAAAUAAACAUGAAUUAAGUGAU